AGGCGCUGCUGCGGAUUGGACAGCGGGAGAAACCUGUGACCCGCUCCUAUUGGCCAGUCUGUCAGUGAACGAUGCUGAUUGGUCGGGCUGAGCAAUCCUUGUCCUCUGGAAGAGCGCUCCCCGGAUGGGAGCUCCGGCCACCGAGUGAUGGUGGCAGCCUCGGAGAUGGGCCGGGCAGGGACCAUGGCGGUGGCGGCAGAAGUGGCAGGGGCGGGGCAGCUGGCGGUAGAGGAGGCUGUGGUCUUCAGGGGUCUGUAGGUGGAGGCAUGGCUCGGGCCAGCAGCAGGAACAGCAGCGAAGAGGCCUGGGGGGCACUCCGGGCGCCGCAACAGCAGAGUCCGGCAGCAUCUUCUCUUGAGGGAGCAAUUUGGAGACGAGCUGGAACCCAGACUCGCGCCCUGGAUGCCAUCCUUUAUCAUCCACAGCAAUCCCAUCUGCUUCAAGAGCUGUGCCCAGGAGUGAAUACCCAACCCUACCUCUGUGAGAGCGGUCACUGCUGUGGGGAGACCGGCUGCUGCACCUACUACUAUGAACUCUGGUGGUUCUGGCUGCUCUGGACAGUCCUCAUCCUUUUUAGCUGUUGUUGCGCCUUCCGCCACCGGAGAGCUAAACUCAGGCUGCAACAGCAGCAGCGGCAGCGUGAGAUCAACUUGUUGGCUUACCAUGGGGCAUGCCAUGGGGCUGGCCCUGUUCCUACUGGUUCACUGCUUGACCUUCGCUUCCUCAGCGCCUUCAAACCCCCAGCCUAUGAGGAUGUGGUUCACCACCCCGGUACACCGCCACCUCCUUAUACUAUGGCCCCGGGCCACCCCUUGACUGCUUCCAGUGAAUGCACCAGCUGUCCUCCCGAACCCAGCUGCUCUGCCCACUUGGAGGGGACAAAUGUGGAAGGUGUUUCUUCCCACCAGAGUGGCCUCCCUCGUCAGGAGGGGGAGCCCAGGGCAGGGUUGAGCGUAGUUCACAUACCCCCUUCCUGCCGCCAUCGUCGCCUGACUGGUGACUCGGGUAUCGAGCUCUGCCCUUGUCCUGACCCCAGCGAAGGUGAGCCAGUCAAGGAGAUGAGGGCUAGUACCACUCAACCAGAUCUGGAGGACCAUUCCCCCUGUGCACUGUCCCCAGAUUCUAUGUCCCAGACCCCUCCUUUGGGGCUGGCUUCCAGUUAUGGGGACAUCCCGUAAUUAGUUUCAAGAGGGAGGCUGGGUGUUCCUUGGCCACCAGGAACAGCCCUGGUUCCGACUGCAGUCCUCCGUGUGGGCCCUCCCCCUUCCGAGAACCUGCCUGAAAGGGCUGAAGCCCUGAAGCUGGGCAGUACCGAGGACUGUGCUCUUGACUCCCAAAACAUACACAGGAGCCUUUAAUCUCAUUAAAGAGACGUGAACCAGCU